AAUAAUCUGUGAGAGUAUAUAUUCAAAUUCAAGUAGUAUCUGGAAGUGAUUCGACCAAUUAAAAGCGUAGUAAAAGUUGAAAAUCUGCAAAAUAGUUUGGGCUGUACAGUUAAAAUAUGUUCCGGCCCAAUACUCUACCUGCUGGCGCACAAACCCAUUAAACAAAAUUUGCCGCCGAAAGGGCCAAACAUGCCUGCCGGCUCCGUGUGCCAGACACUUGUUGAUUACAAUCAUAAUAAACACAGGUGAUAAAUCCAAUGUCGAGACAUCGUCUUCAUCUGUAUUAAAGCGAAAACUUGUGUUGAAACCCUGCGUAUUUUGAUUCGUGUAAGGGAAAAAUAGAAGCAAAAACUCCCUGAUUCUAGCAAACACUUGAGAGUUUAGUUGUGAGAAUUAGUGGAGAGAUGGCAGAUUUAGCACCAGUUCUUAUAGCAGUAAUACUCUUUGUCGUGCUAUCGCCAGGACUACUUUUCCAGCUCCCCGGAAAGAGGAGGGCCAUAGAGUUCACCAACAUGCAGACGAGCGGCCUCUCCAUAUUCGUCCACACCAUCAUCUUCACUGCUAUAAUCACCAUCCUCCUUAUUGCCAUUGGAGUUCACAUCUACGUCGGGUAGUUUUCUCCUAUUCAUCACUCUCCCUGUUAUGGAUUUUCCAAUGAUGAUGUCAUUUCGUUUGUUUGAAAGACGUAUUGGAGCAUCAGAUUA